AUGAUACCAAGAGCCCCUCUAUUACUGCCUCGUGCGGAAACUUUCAGACCGGCAUGUCAUACUGCAUCGAGGCGCCGGCCGGUCCGCCCCCCCGUCUCACCCGGGACGACCUCUCCUCCUCCACAGCAGCCCACCACGUCGACAACCACAACAUCUCCUCCGCCGGCCACCACGACUCGUCCCAGCAACGGAGUGGAGACGCCGCAGCCGACGCAGCCGGGCAUGGUGGACAACUGUAACAAGUUCUACUUCGUUAAGCAGGGGGACACCUGUCAGGUCGUGACGUCGGGUGCCGGCAUCACUCUCGACCAGUUCUACGCCUGGAACCCUAGCGUGGGGAGCACAUGCUCUGGCAUGUGGACCAACGUGCACGUCUGCGUGGGCGUCUUUGACUGGAUGCCACCCCACCGGCCGUACGGCUGCUACGCCGAGGUGGACCAGCGCGCGCUGAGCUACGCAGGCAUCACAGGCAGGAAGGACAUGACCGUGGAGUACUGA